UGUGCGCCUCCCGGAUGGUCGUCCUGGCGUGGCGUCACUUCCGGAGCGGCACUCCGGACGCCCGCCCUCCACUUGCCGGGAACCGGGGCCCAGUGGCGGGCGGAGGUGAGGAGCAGCCGUGUUCGGGGCUGAGGGUCACGUGUGGCAUCCCGGUGCCGUGGGAGGCGGCGACCAGCUGCGGUUGAGGACCGGCCGGCUUCACCUCCCCCGGGGAGCGCCCUGGAGCCUGGUGGUGGAGUGCUCUGAGAUAAUGAAUUCCUAGGGAAAGAAACAAUGGAUUGCAUAUUAGUUGUUGUCUAAGUGUUAGGACUCUGCAGAAUACAGGUUUUGUUGCAAAGGCCAAAGAAGAUGGCAACUCCUUAUGUUCCAGUUCCUAUGCCCCUAGGAAACUCUGCUUCCAGUUUUACAAACAACAGAAAUCAGAGAAGUUCUUCUUUUGGCAGUGUCUCAACAAGCUCAAACUCUCAAGACUCAAAUAUGGGUAAUUUUAAACAGACAAGUGUUCCUGAUCGAAUGGAUAGUACUUCAUCUGUCUGUAGCAGUCCUCUCAUUAGAACUAGAUUUACAGGAACUGAUUCUUCCAUUGAGUAUUCUGCUAGACCAAGAGAACCUGAAGAACAAAAUCCUGAAACAGUGAAUUGGGAAGACAGACCAUCUACACCUACUAUACUGGGCUAUGAGGUGAUGGAAGAAAGAGCCAAAUUUACUGUGUACAAAAUAUUGGUAAAGAAAGCCCCAGAAGAAAGCUGGGUCGUUUUCCGGAGAUACACUGACUUCUCUAGGCUUAAUGACAAAUUAAAGGAAAUGUUUCCAGGCUUUCGAUUAGCACUUCCGCCAAAGCGUUGGUUUAAAGAUAAUUACAAUGUCGACUUUUUAGAAGACAGACAAUUAGGAUUGCAAGCAUUUCUUCAAAAUUUAGUAGCUCACAAGGACAUUGCUAACUGCCUUGCAGUGAGAGAAUUUCUUUGUCUGGAUGACCCACCAGGUCCAUUUGAUAGCCUAGAAGAAAGCAGGGCUUUCUGUGAAACUUUAGAAGAGACUAACUACCAUUUACAGAAAGAACUACUUGAAAAGCAAAGAGAAGUGGAAUCACUAAAGAAAUUGCUCAGUGAAAAGCAACUUCACAUAGAAACAUUAGAGACCAGAAUCAGAACAUUGUCUUUAGAACCUGAAGAAUCACUGUAUGUGUCAGGAUCAGAUAAUGGACAAAGUCUAAGAAUGGAAUCUUCUGCAUUUGAAGUUGAUCAGGAUGUCUUGGAUGAAGAAUCUAGUGCUAAUAAUAAGCCACACUUAAGUUCCCAUGAAGCUGAAAUUGCUGUAUCAGACAUAGAAGUGGCAGAACUGGCAUAUAAUGCUGAAGAAGACUAACACUAUACAAGCAGUGUCCUCCAUUUCCACGUCUCAGCAACUUGGAAUAGAGAGGCAAAUACUGUUU